AUGCAAGACCUCAAAGGCAAAGUUAUUGCCGUCACGGGCGCAGCAUCCGGGAUUGGUCUUGCAACUGCUCAAUUACUGUUCUCAGUCGGAGCCAAGUUAUCCUUGUCUGAUAGAUCACUCAAUCCACUUGAGCAAGCCACCCAAGCCCUUCUCGCCGCGCACACAACCCGUGAUAAACAAGACAUCAUGAUAGCAGAGGUCGAUGUUAUAUCUAGCGCCCAAAUUAUUUCCUGGAUCGAAGACACUGUGAAAAGAUUUGGCAGACUCGAUGGGGCAGUUAAUUCGGCAGGAAUAAGCGCUGUCCAGAUGGGCAAGGGUAAGAUCCGCGACCUGGCCGAUGAUAGCUGGGCUUUGUGUAUGGGCAUCAAUGCCACAGGUGUCUUCUACUCCAUGCGAGCUGAGCUCAAUUUCAUGAUUAGCGGCGGGAGUAUUGUCAAUCUGGCAAGUCUGGCUGGUCUAGUGGCAGUCCCUGGGGCUGCACAAUACUCGGCCUCGAAGCAUGCAGUGGUUGGUCUUACAAAGACGGGAGCCAGAGAAGAGGGCCCAACUGGCAUCAGAGUGAAUGCAGUCGCACCUGGCACGAUAGAUACUGCAAUGACUCAGAGUGUUCCCCCAGAGUUUACAACCUUUCUGAAGGAGAGAGUUUCCAAGCAGCCCAUCUCGAGACAGGGACGAGCUGAGGAGGUUGCGGCGUUAAUUUGUUUUCUUCUCAGCGAAAGUUCGUCAUUUAUAACUGGUCAGAUUAUUCGCAUUGAUGGAGGAUCUUCAGUGUAG